CAGAAGGCUGAGGCUCGGCCAGAAGACGGGAGAAGGAAGCCAAGGCUGGGCCAAGGCUGCCCCCCCUCCCUCGGAAGCCUGAGAAACGGGGGAGGGGUCCACGAGGAGGAGGAGGAGGAGGAGACAAAGCAAGAAGAGGAAGAGGAGGCAGAGCCAGGCGGGCGGGUGGGCAGCCAGGACUCUCCGCUUCUGCCUCUCCAAAGGUUGGGAUCCUUUCUUGGGAAGAUCCUUCCUUCUUCCUCUCUGAUUGCCUUCUUCUCCUGCGGGAAUACAGACCCCGGACUCCCCAGUAAGCGGGACCUUCCUUGGACUGUUUUUGCUUCGCCUCCUUUGGUUCUCCUCCUCCCCGAACGCCCCGCCGAUCCGGAGGAAUUUCGGGCCUUUCCCAUUGCGAGCGGAACUGUUUUGUUUUCGUUUUGGCGACGAAAGGAGAGAAGAGAGAAGGAAGAGGAAGGGUUGGGGAGGUGAGUGUCCCUUUCUCGUCCCUUUCUCCAACCCUCCCUUGAUCACCCCCCCCCCCCUCCAAGCCCAGCCUAGAAAGCAAGGCGGAGGGUGUACGUUUUGGAGAGGCUUCCAAGCCCAACUCAAUUUGGGGAGUGGAGGAAGAGAAAGACCGAAGGAGAAUUGUAUAUAUUUUAGGAAGGGAGAGCCUUUAUCCCGGCUUCCAGCGCCCAACACAACUUGAAUGGUGUCGGAAGAGAGAGACUUAGGGAGCAAGCGAGUAUUUUUUGGAGAGCCAAUUGUGCCCUUCUUGCCUUGGCUUCCAACCCCGACCCAACUUUGUGAGAGAGUCAGAAGAGGAAGAGAAAGAGAGGAGAGGGCGGAGGAAGAGAAAGACUGAGCCAAGCCAAGUGAGUAGUUUUUGGAGAGGAAAGUCUACCCUUAUCUUGGCUUACGAACCCAACACAACUUGGAGAGAGUAAGAAGAGGGAGAGAAAGACAGGGAAGAAAAGUGUGUAUUUUUUUUUGGAGAGGAAAGUCUACCCUUAUCUUGGCUUCCAAUCCCAACCCAACUUGGAAAGAGUAAGAAGAGAAAGGGAGGAAAAGUGUGUAUUUUUUUGGAGAGGAAAGUGUGCCCUUAUCUUAGCUUCCAAUCCCAACCCAACACGAGUAGUGGAGGAAAAGAGAAAUCUAGAGAAGACAAGUGUGUAUUUUUUUUUUUUGGAGAGGCAAUUUUACCCUUAUCUUGACUUCCAAUCCCAACUCAACUUGAGUCGUGGAAGAAGAGGAAGAGAGAGACUUGGCGAAGCGAAGUGUGUAUUUUUUUUGGAGAGGCAAGUGUGCCCUUACCCUGGCUUCCAAUCCCAACCCAACGUGACUAGUGGAGGGAGAAAAAGAAGCAUUUUUGGGGAGUGUAAGGAGAGGAAGAGUUGGCGAAGCGAAGUGUGUAUUUUUUUUGAGAGGUGACCCUACCCUUAUCUGGACUUCCCAACCCAACUUGAGUAGUGGAGGAAGAGACUUGGGGAUAUAGAUAUAUUUUUGGAGAGGCGACCGUACCCUUUUCUCGACUUCCAAUCCCAACACAGCUUGGAUGGUGUAGGAAAGACUAAGAGGAAGAGACUUGGGGAACUAUAUAUAUAUUUGGAGAGGCGACCGUACCCUUAUCUGGACUUCUAAUCCCAACUCAAUUUGGAGAGUGUAACGAGAGGAAGAGGGAGAUUUUGGGAAGCGAAUUGUUCUUUUUUUUUUUUUGGAGAGGCAACCCUACUCUUAUCCUGGCUUCCAACCUCAACUUAAUUUGGAGAGUGUAACCAGAGGAAGAGAGAGACUUUGGGAAGCGAACUGUGUAUUUUUUUGGAGGCGACCCUACCCUUAUCUGGACUUCCCAUCCCAACACAACUUGGAUGGUGUAGGAAGAGACUUGGGGAAAUAUAUUUAUUUUUGGAGAGGCAACACAACUUGGAUGGUGUAGGAGGAGGAAGAGGGAGACCUAGGGAAGCCAAUUGUGCAUUUUUUUGGAGAGGCAAUCUUACUCUUACCCUGGCUUCCAACCUCACCUUAAUUUGGAAAGUAUAACGAGAGGAAGAGAGAGACUUUGGGAAGCGAAUUGUGCAUUUUUGGAGAGGCAACCCUAGCCUUAUCUGGACUUCAAUUCCCAACACAACUUGGAUGGUGUAGGAAAGACUAAGAGGAAGAAAGACUUAAGAGAAAGAGACUUGGGGAACUAUAUAUAUUUUUGGAGAGGCGACCCUACCCUUACCUAGACUUCCAAUCCCAACCCAACUUGGAUGGUGUAGGAAGAGGAAGAGACUUGUGAGACUAUAUAUAUUUUUGGAGAGGCAACCCUAGCCUUAUCUGGACUUUUCAUCCCAACACAACUUGGAUGGUGUAGGAAAGACUGAGAGGAAGAAAGACCAAGAGAAAGAGACUUGGGGAACUCUAUUUUUGGAGACGCAACUCUACCCUUAUCUUGACUUCCAAUCCCACCUCAAUUUGGAGAGUGUAAGGAGAGGAAGAGAGAGACUUUGGGAAGCGAAUUGUGCAUUUUUUGGAGAGGCAGCCUUAGCCUUAUCUGGACUUUUCAUCCCAACCCAACUUGGAUGGUGUAGGAAAGACUCAGAGGAAGGGACUUGGGGAACUCUAUAUAUUUUUGGAGAGGCGACUUCCAGCCGCAACCCAACUUGGAUGGUGGAGGGUCAGGCCGGGCGUCGAUGACCGCGGGUCCUCCCGGGUCGGCGUCUUCUUCUUCUUCUUCUUCUUCUUCUUCUUCUUCUUCUUCUUCUUCUCCUCCUCCUCCUCCUCCUCCUCUCCCGAUGUCGGAGAAGCCCCCCAUGGACGCGGCGCCCCCCUCGGCGCCCCCCAACCCGCCCUCGGCGCCGGCGAAGGGCAAGAAGAGCUCGGCGGGGGUGCGCCGCCCGGAGAAGCCUCCCUACUCGUACAUCGCGCUGAUCGUGAUGGCCAUCCAGAGCUCUCCGGCCAAGCGGCUGACCCUGAGCGAGAUCUACCAGUUCCUGCAGGCGCGCUUCCCCUUCUUCCGCGGCGCCUACCAGGGCUGGAAGAACUCCGUCCGGCACAACCUGUCGCUCAACGAGUGCUUCAUCAAGCUGCCCAAGGGGCUGGGCCGCCCGGGCAAGGGCCACUACUGGACCAUCGACCCGGCCUCCGAGUUCAUGUUCGAGGAGGGCUCCUUCCGACGCCGCCCGCGGGGCUUCCGCAGGAAGUGCCAGGCCCUGAAGCCCGUCUACGGCAUGAUGAACCUCAACUUCAACCACCUGCCCGACGCCUACGCCUUCCAGGGCCCGCCCUGCGCGCCCAACGCCCUGGCCGGCCUCGACGGCAUGAUGGGCGUGGACGGCAUGGGCCUGGCCGGCAGCCCCCACCACCCCUACAUGGCCGGAGGGGGCGCCGGGGCGGGAGGGGGCGGCCCCGCGGAGGACUACGCCGCCCACCACCACCACCACCACAACGGCGCCCUCGCCGCCAACGGGAGCGCCAACGGGGGCGGCACCCUGGAGCCCCCCCACUCGGUCUACGCCUCCGUGCCCCCCUCGGCCUGGGGACCCUCCGCCGGGACCGGGCUCAACGGCAGCCCCGCCCCCUCCCCCUACCUCAAGCAGCCCUCGCUCUCGCCCUGCAGCGCCGGGGGAGGGGGAGGGGGAGGGGCGGGGGCGGGGAACCCCUUGGCCACCGGCCUCCCCGCCCACCCCCUGGACCAGACCUACCUCCACCACAACAGCCACAACCCCGCCGCAGAGAUACAAGGCAUCCGGUACCAUUCUCAAUCGCCCAGCAUGUGCGACCGGAAGGAGUUUGUCUUCUCCAUCAACGCCAUGGCCUCCUCUUCCAUGCAUUCCGGAGGCACCGGCUCCUACUACCACCAGCAAGUGACUUAUCAAGACAUCAAGCCUUGUGUGAUGUGACGGCAGGGUUGGGAGCAGCCGAGUCUCCAGUGACCAAAGAGAAGACCAUGCAAGACCAGGGGACUUCUUGCAACCUUCUUGGAAGGACCUCCAAAGAGGAGAGAGAUGAGGUAUAUACAUAUUUGAGGUGUCUAUGGAAAGGCGCUCCACGGAGUCAUGCUGGCCACAUGACCUUGGAGGUGUCUACGGACAACGUGAAACGGAGAUGAGCACCAACCUUGAGAGUCGGACUCAACUAGACUUGAUGUUGGGGGAAACCUUCACCUACCUUAAAUGAAACGUGGACAAAGACACCAGAGGACCAAGGAUGGAUGGCCAAAGUUCUCCUCCAUUCAUGGACCUCUGUUUCCAUCCAGAAUUGAGAUCUGGUGAUGCUUCCAAGAACUACUUCAGGGUGUGAUGUCUCCUUACUUUCCAGAGGCAUCCGGCCCAAUGUGUAUUUUCUUUUUGCAGUCUUAAACACUCCUGGAACAAACCCACACAAGGGAUUUUAGAAAGAUUUGCUGAAGGACGUAGGAACAAACAAGUCAGCUUGGGCUUCAAGAAAUGUCCUUUCUGUAAGAUAUUGGUUUCGGGGAGUAUCUUCUCAUGUUUGGGAGUGAACAAAAACUAUAUUUAACCUCUGUUUCAGGGCAAUGAAGGAAUUUCUCCCAAUAUUUUGCUCCUCAAAUUGAGAUUGGGUUGAAAAGUGGAACAAAACACACCAAGGACAAUAUAUUGAGUAGCAAAGUCCUUCCAUGAAGUUUCUCCAGGUUUCUCAUAGGACGUGGGACCAAUAUAUUGAGUUGUCCUUCCAUGAAGUUUCUCCAGGUUUCUCAUAGGACGUGGGACCAAUAUAUUGAGUUGUCCUUCCAUGAAGUUUCUCCAGGUUUCUCAUAGGACGUGAGACCAAUAUAUUGAGUAGCAAAGUCCUUCCAUGAAGUUUCUCCAGGUUUCUCAUAGGAUGUGAGACCAAUAUAUUGAGUUGUCCUUCCAUGAAGUUUCUCCAGGUUUCUCAUAGGAUGUGAGACCAAUAUAUUGAGUUGUCCUUCCAUGAAGUUUCUCCAGGUUUCUCAUAGGACGUGAGACCAAUAUAUUGAGUUGUCCUUCCAUGAAGUUUCUCCAGGUUUCUCCUAGGAUGUGGGACCAAUAUAUUGAGUAGCAAAGUCCUUCCAUGAAGUUUCUCCAAGUUUCUCAUAGGACAUGAGACCAAUAUAUUGAGUAGCAACGUCCUUCCAUGAAGUUUCUCCAGGUUUCCCUUUGGACUCCAAAUAGCAAGUCCCAAAAUGACAAAGAGAAGCACUUUGAGAAAGAAAGGUGACACCAAAAGACUGACAAGGCUCACGCUUUUAUUUAUUCGAACCUUCUUAAUAAAACCCAACAGCAGCCUUGGUCAAAGAAAUCAGUAUUAACAUGAUGGACAUGUGUCGUCAAUGGACAGACAGAGAGAGCUUUGUGGAGCAACCAUCCCGGCGGCAAGGCAAAGUUUCCCCUAUGUUUAUAUAUAUAUAAUGAUGAUACAUAUAAAUAUAUAAAUAUUAUAAAUAUAAUAAUAAAUGAAGGAUGUUUCUGUCUCUUCCCCGGCUUCUCUUCCCCGCUCCCGCUUCCAAAAUUCCCUUCUGCACUGUGUAAUAAUUAGUAAUUAAUUACAAAGCGUAAUGACAGCCAAAGGGGUCAAAGUUCCCUAUUUGUUGUGUACAUUUGUCCUCUUUCUUUUUUUUGGAUUUUGUUUUGUUUUUACGGGGGAAAAAAACGGAAUGCAAUUUUUUACAAAAAUGUACACGGCCUUCACAAAUUGUAUAAACUGUCAAUAAAACCAGUGUGUGUUGCAUAGUCA